AUGAAAACACAAACACCCGCAGAAAAUGAGGAUGAUGAUCAUGAUUUUAUUCCUUCAGAUGAGAGCGGUGAUUCAUGUGGUGAUGGAGAAACGGCCUCUACAUCAAAACAGCGACUGACAGCACAAACUCUUUCCUGCAUCACCUGUGGAAAGACAUUCAGUUCACAGAGACGUUUAGAGACACAUGAGAGAAAACACACAGAACAGAAACUCUUCACCUGCAGGAGAUGUAAGAUCAGCUUUCCUACCUUACAAGAGAAGAAACUUCAUUCACAAGAGCACAGAGACAAGAAACACUUUCCCUGUCAGCAGUGUGGGAAGAAUUUUGUCUCGUCUUCUAGUCUGAAAGCUCACAUGAGGACACACAGUGAUGAAAAGUCUUUCCACUGCAGUGAAUGUGACAAAUAUUUCAGCACCAAAGGAAAUCUUGUUGCUCAUCAGAGAAUUCACACGGGAGAAAAACCGUAUGCGUGUCCUCACUGUGAGAAGAGAUUCACUAAUCCAGGAAUUUUGAAGAAACAUGUGCGUGUCCACACCGAUGAGAGACCGUAUCAGUGCAGUGAAUGUGGAAAAACCUUUAGGGUUUUAGGUGCUUUACAAUCACACCAGAGAACUCACUCUGAGGAGAAACUCUAUCAAUGUUCACACUGUGAUAAACGUUUCCAUCAGAAAUCUAAUCUGGUAAUUCAUGAGAGAAUUCACACUGGAGAGAAACCUUACGUCUGCUCUCACUGUGGAAAGAGCUUUUCUGAUCCUUCUCGUUUCCGAGAUCAUCAGAGAAUUCACACUGGAGAGAGACCUCAUCUCUGCAGUGUUUGUGGGAAGAGUUUCAUUCAACAUGUUAAUUUACUAAAGCACCAGAGAAUUCAUUCAGGUGAAAGACCCUUCAAAUGUUCUCAGUGUGACAAGACGUUUGCUCGAUCAGAUGUCCUGAGAACCCAUGAGAGAGUUCACACUGGAGAGAAACCUUAUCACUGCUCCAUCUGUGGAGAGAGAUUUACUUAUUUAGGAAGUUUUCAGACUCAUCAGAAGAAACAUGCUGAAGAACAAACUUUACUGGAGUCAUCAUAACAUCUUUGGUCAUCUUUAUCUACAGCGUUUUUAAACUAGGAAUCAUUCUACUCACAGUUCAUCUGAAAUUUCCGAGGUCUUGUGAAAUGGGAUUUCCUACAAUCUGUAGACCUAAUUAUAUGUCAGGAGGUCUUCAAAUGUUCCUGUAGCUCAGUUGGACGAGCAUUAUUUUAGCAGAGCAAAAAUCUGUGGCUGUGAUUAUCUCAUUGCCCCUGACAAUAGAACAUGGCUCGGCUCUUCACUUGAAAAUGUUAGAUGUGGAGGAGGAAGAACUGUCAUAAUCGUAAAAGCAAAAACUUUCCCCAAUGUGUUUUCUAUUAAGGGUGUCCUAUUAAGACUUUAAUUCAACUUAAUUCCUCUUGUGUCAUUUAUAGGUCAAUGUGGACAUAAAAGGAAAAAAGUGUUUUCUGAUGUUCAAUUGAUGACGAAUAAGCAUGGAUGUAAAUAAUUGAUUUGAAUUCUGAAGGUUUUAAGCCGAAAACAUGUUGAGCGACUAAGAUGUUUUCAUAAUUUUGCUGAGUUUAUUACAUAAGUCUGCACAAUAAAAAACACGAUUUUUGAGAAUAUUUAUCUUGUUUUGGAGCUAAACUCUUCAUAUUGUAAUCCGCUGCCAUUGAACUUCUUCAACAUCAUAUUUCAAAGCACGCAAUCAAUCAACUAAACACUCGACUCCACCACAAACAUUUUGUGACCUUCCUAAUGAAACCUUGCAACUACAUUUUUGAUUCCUUGUUUUUUUCUUAAUAAAAUCAUUACUAUUGGUCACCCUUCACAUUUGUCUCUGGGUUUUGCAAAAAAAGUAUCAAAAUAGUUGAAAUGUUAUGAAAAAAUGUUUUUUUAUGUUUUUUUAUUCCCUGUAAACUGGCAGUUUAAAAGACUAAUUGAAAGCUGUUUGAAGACUGAGAUGUCUUCCAGAUCAAACGUAAAAACAUGAUGUCCACCCUGUUAUAGACAAAUACUUUACAAUAAAACAGACAAAUAAUAUUCUA